UGUGAAAUAGCAGUGUUGUAUAAAUAGUAAAUAGUAAAUAGUUGGUUGCGAGGACAAUAUGUAUGUGGAAGCAAACAUAUCCCGAUCUACUUACUUGUUAGCACUUCUAUAUAUGCAGCCAUAGGCGAAUAUUCAUCUAAUAGCGAGUCUCGCUAUUGAUUCAGCCUACUGUCAGUAUUAAGUAUUUAUCUCUAUAACGGUUCCAUCCUACUAGUUAGAAGAGAAGUCAAUUUGAUGGUAUUACAUGCCUUGCUAAAAUCGCAUCUUUCAACUGUCAACAGAAGACCUGUAUAUUUUGGCCAUCCCAGUUGUGUCACACACGUUUGUAUUAUAUAUCAAGUGACAUACAUAUUAUAUUAAAUAGAUCUUAACUUUAGCAAUAUGAUGCCAAUGCGCCAACAGCCGCCAGGGCAAGGCGGUGCCCCCGGUGUCCAACAACAGUCGCAACAACAACACCCGCAACAACAACAACAACAGCAACAGCAACAACAACAGCAACAACAACAGCAGCAGCAAAAGAUGCAGCAUAUCAACCAGGGCAUGCAGAAUUUUAGUCUCAGUGGUAACAACGGGGAUCUGGACAGAGAUAAGGUGCUCAAACUAGUGAUGGAUCUACUCAGUCGAGAUCUCCGUGAGGACGCGCUCCUGGAGUUGAGCAAGAAACGCGAGGGGGUGCAUGACUUGGCCCCCAUUCUAUGGCACUCUGUAGGUACUAUGGCUGCGUUAGUACAGGAGAUAGUCACUAUCUACCCCCUAUUGUCACCCCCCUCUUUGUCUGCACAUGCGUCCAAUCGUGUGUGCAAUGCGCUGGCUCUGCUGCAGUGCGUGGCGUCUCACCCCGAAACCCGUACGCUGUUUCUCAAGGCACACAUUCCAUUUCUACUGUACCCAUUCCUGAAUACGGUCAGCAAAACGAGGCCAUUCGAAUACCUUCGCCUGACUUCGCUGGGAGUGAUUGGAGCCUUGGUGAAAACGGAUGAUUCAGAUGUGAUCAACUUCCUUUUGUCGACUGAGAUCAUCCCUCUGUCUCUGCGUAUCAUGGAGACGGGCAAUGAACUAUCCAAGACAGUGGCCACCUUCAUCGUGCAGAAGAUUCUAUUAGAUGAGCUUGGUUUGCAGUAUAUAUGUCAGACAUACGAGCGCUUCUUCGCCGUGGCUACUGUCCUGGGCAACAUGGUACAGGGGCUGGUCAAGAACCCCUCCGUCCGCCUGCUCAAGCACGUAGUGCGUUGCUACCUACGCCUCAGCGACAACCCGCGUGCCCGCGAGGCUCUGCGCCAGUGUCUGCCAGAGCCUCUGCGUGAUACAGCCUUUGCGAAUGUGCUGAAGGAAGACCCCACUACCAAGCGCUGGCUGUCACAGCUGCUGGCGAAUCUGUCGGACCAGCAGCAGGGCGAGAGGGUCAGUGAGUGACUGGCUGGGGCGGUGGGUCGAUUGGUAUGACAGAACAGAUGAGCAUGUGUGAUCAAGUGCUGUGAGUGGCCUGGUAUACACGACCAGGCCUAGACAUAGUGAGGUACUCGCGUAUGUGACGAUAUCACGAGAAGCCUUCGAAUAGCUGAUCUGGUUCAUGUCUGCCUGUAUAGCACAGACAUACAAGGUACCAUAGGUACAUAGCGUCACAUACCUUUGCUAAUACUAACAGCCUGCUUGGGCACGGGACAGGUUGCUGGGGCUGGGCUAGUGCGCGUUAACACGACGUGAGUCAUAGCGCUAACCAAAGCGCCACAUCUGUCCCAAUAGGAAUACCUGCCACACAUUGGAUUUGCGUGUCUGUGAAGCGGAACCUCUUAGUGUACGGCAUAGGCCAUGUUUUAACAAUAGCGGUGUGCGUGUCGGUGUGCGUGUGCGUGUGCCUGUAGUACGGUCAACGGGGGUCGGACAGCUACGGUGAUGAGUGGCAGUCAUUGCAUUAGUAACACAUACGAAUGGCACACGGGUGGGCGUGCACGCGCUUGCAGUCGAGCGCUGGCGGGUGCUGUCAGACUGAAAUUAGAUCUGGUUUGGAGACCCCGAAUGACAAAUGUCUGCUGGGCAGCAGAAAUCAGGUUCCAAACAUGUGCUGGAAUUAGGGCGAGUUAAGCAGUGCUACCUCGCAUUUAUAUAUUUAUUACGCAGUUGGGAGUGGGUAUUGGUUGCCGCUGACAAGCCAAGAUGUGCUGGCUUGGCGGUCCGCUCGUCUGCGACAGUCUACUGUAGAAUGGGUUCGACAGUUGAACACGUGCGUCUGUGAUCAGGCUCGGAUUUGCACUGGCGUCUAUGAUGGGCGCAGAUCUCGUAUCUUUUUUUUUGUGGUGCAAUCCACAGUGGAGGGUGGGUCAUAUUGUAAGGCUUCUGCUUGUUAUGAGACAUAAAUAGUCGAAAAACUGAACGGAUUAAAGCAAUAGACGGUGAUGA